CUUAAAUACAACGCAGCCAUUCAACUCCACUUUCCCCAUUCCCACCAUCCCCCUUUUUCCGGUGGCUGUUUCCGGCGACUCUCCGCCGUAAACCAUCAUCAUAAUGGGCCAAAAUCUUAGCUGCAAGAUACAUGAUGAACAUGGUUUAUUUUCUGCAGUACAGUAUGGUGAUAUACAAACUGUGAAAACAGUUUUAGAAAGUAACCCAAAUCUUGUUAAGAAAGUUACUGUUUAUGAUCGCCAUUCUGCUUUACAUAUUGCUGCUGCUAAUGGCCAGAUCGAGAUUGUUUCUAUGCUUUUGGAGAAUGGAUCAGUGAAUCUUGAUUCUGUAAAUAGGCACAAACAGACUCCAUUGAUGUUGGCUGCAAUGCAUGGGAAGCUAUCUUGUGUUGAAAAGUUAAUUCAAGCUGGUGCAAAUAUAUUGAUGUUUGAUUCACUAAAUGCAAGAACAUGCUUGCACUAUGCUGCUUAUUAUGGUCAUUCUGAGUGUCUCCAAACCAUUCUUUCCUCUGCCCGGACCUCACAUGUUGCGGUGUCAUGGGGGUUUUCAAGAUUUGUCAAUAUAAGAGAUGGUAAAGGGGCGACACCAUUGCACCUAGCUGCCAGACAAAGACGGCCCGAAUGUGUUCAUAUACUUCUUGACAAUGGAGCUCUUGUAUGUGCUUCCACUGGUGGACACGGUCUUGCUGGUAGUACUCCACUUCAUUUGGCUGCAAGAGGAGGUUCAAUGGACUGCAUUCGAGAAUUACUAGCUUGGGGUGCAGAUCGAUAUCUUAGAGACGCAUCUGGGAGAAUCCCGUAUAUGGUUGCAUUGAAACACAAUUAUGGGGCUUGUGCAGCGUUACUAAACCCUUCAUCUGCUGCACCAUUAGUGUGGCCAUCACCAUUGAAAUUCAUUAGUGAGCUUAAUCAAGAUGCGAAGGCUUUGUUAGAGCAAGCUCUAAUGGAGGUUAACAAGGAAAGAGAGAGAAACAUUUUGAAGGGUUCCGGCUUCUCGGUGUCAUCUCCAGCCCAUUCUGAUACCACGGGCAUGGAUGAUAACAUCUCAGAGGCCAGUGAUUCACACUUAUGUUGCAUAUGCUUUGACCAGCUAUGCGCGAUUGAGGUUCAAGAUUGCGGUCACCAAAUGUGUGCUCAAUGUACACUCUCAUUAUGCUGCCAUAACAAGCCAAGCCCGACCACAGCAAUUCAACCCAUACCCAUCUGCCCGUUUUGCAGAAGCAGUAUAGCACGACUAACUGUCAUAAAAGUCAAGGUCAGUUCUGCUGACCAAGAACUCGACCUUUACUCCUCUCCUAAGCUACGUAAAUCAAGAAAGUCACAAAACUUGAGCGAGGGAAGUAGCAGCUUCAGGGGGUUAUCGGCUGUACCCUCAUUUGGGAAAAUGGUGGGCCGUUCGGGUCGGGUCUCUGUUGACAAUGAAUGUGACAAAUCAUGAAAAAAGAACGGGGUCAAGAUUGGUCCGGGCCCGAUUGGGCAUCAUGUAUAGAAAGAUCAAAGCUUCAAAAAUGUGUUGAUUGGGCAGUAAGCAAAAGGAUAUGGUGAGUAGUAUUGUUUGUUGUGUUUUUACUUCAACUUGAAGAAGUAAAAGGUUCCAUUGGGGGGCCUUUGUUUAGUUACUUGUUAAAAGAGUAUUCUUUUUUACUUUUUAGUUUUGUUACUUGAGGCUAGAAAAAUUCAAAUUCAUCUAUGUAAUGCUUCAGUAAAAAACAAAGGUGAGUGGUAAAUUGAACCCCACCUUUUUAUUCAAUUUCCAUGGUUAUGGAGUGUGAUAGUAUGUGAUACUGUAAUAAAGUAAUUUUGCUGUUAGAAUA